CCACAGGUGACCUAGGAUGGGGUCACUCCCUCCCGCCCGAGACGCGUGACCUGGCUUGACCCGAGGCAUGGGGUCCAAGUUGACCUGCGCCGGCAGUGGCACGGAGGACUCCACUAUGGGGCAAGAGGAGCCAGCAAAGGCGGAAGAAGAUGCCACUGAUGGAAGAGGACAAGGAGGAGAGAAAGGAGGAGGGAAAGGGGCGAAGGAGGAGGAGGAGGUGGAGAAGGUGGCGGAAGGGGAAGUCAGAAGUCUGCUCGAACUCGUCUCUUCCUUGAGUGACCAAAACGCCGCUGGAAUGCAAGUGAAAGUCAACCAUUAUCUGGCGACGCGCUGCGGGGCGGGCCUAGUCUUCCUCAUCCUCGUGAGCGACGAUGAGGAGCUCUCCGUGCACGUCCUGGGCUCCCACCGCCUCUCCUGCCCCGUCAAGAUACCUGUCAGCAACAACAGCUUCAGCACGGCCCUCUCCUCGCGCCGGCCCAUCACGCUGGCGGACAUCGAGCCGUCGCACCGCGAGGACCUGUGGCGGCUGCUGGGCCUCAUCCACGACAGCGAGCGGUUCGGGGCGGUGCGGCGCGUGUGUGUGGACCCCGGCGGCGGCGGCGAAGGCGAGGGCGUGGGCCAGGAACGCCGCUGCCUACGCGAGACCCGCAAUGGCUCGGCGAAGAGCGUGGACGGGUCCACCCCCGCCACCCGCAGGCUGUUCAGGGACAUGUCCGUGGACCAGGGCAUGAGCGGCGGCCCCGAUGACCAGCCCAGGCGCUCCUCGGCGGCGCCCCGCAUGGCCUUCAUCGCGCACAAGCCCCAGCGGGCACCCACAUUCCCCGGCCCCGACGACAACCCCCCCGCCAGGCUGCCCCCCAUCGUGCACUCCUCCAACAUGCCCCCCGUCGAGGCCAACCACGCCCCCAAGAGUCCCAACAAGAUGCCCAAGCUGGGGCACCACGACUCCGCGGGGCAGGAAUCCACGGGGCGACAGUGCGGGUCGCUGAGCCUCGUGUGCCCCGCCUCGUUGCUGUGCGUGCCCGUGGCGGCGCCGGGGCGCGACGCCACCGCCAUCCUCGCCGUGCUGGUGGACAAGCAGGGCGGCGGGGACUUCACGGUGCAGGACGUGCAUGUUGUGACGCGCUGCUUCAGGUGCGUGGCGGGCAUCCUGAUGACCACGGCGGAGGCGGAGCGGGAGCGGCGGCUCAGGACUCAGUGCCAGGCCCUGCUGACGGUGGCCCAGAACCUCUUCACCCACCUCGAUGACGUGUCGGUGCUGCUUCGUGAGAUCAUGGCGGAGGCGCGGCAGCUGACGGAUGCCGAGCGGUGUUCCCUCUUCCUGCUGGACCGCGAGCAUGGGCAGCUGGUGGCCAAGGUGUUCGACGGGGAGAGGAAGGAGGAGUCUCUCGAAGAAGUUCUCCUCCCCGUCUUGCAGAACUUGCCUGGCGUCUACGUCACGAGCUCCGGGGAGGUUCGACUGCCGGCCACGCAAGGGAUCGCUGGUCACGUCGCCUCCACUGGUCACCUGUUGAACAUCCGCGACGCCUACGCCCACCCGCUCUUCUACCGCGGCUUCGACGAGUGCACUGGCUUCAAGACCAGGAACAUCCUCUGCUUCCCCAUCAAGCAGGACGGGGAGGUGAUCGGCGUGGCGGAGCUCUGCAACAAGACAACGGGGCUGCACUUCACACGCUUCGAUGAGGAGAUCGCCACGGCCUUCAGCAUCUACUGCGGCAUCUCCAUCAGCAACUCGCUCCUCUACAAGAAGGUGUCCGAGUCGCAGGUCCGCUCCAAGCUGUCCAAUGAGCUUAUGAUGUUCCAUAUGAAGGUGACGAAGGAGGAGGUGGAUCGACUGGUUCAGGCUGACGUACCGCCUCUCACGCACUUCCACCGAGACUUCUGCUCCUUCAGAUACUUCCCUCGGCAGCUGGCGGACCCCUGCACCACCCCGGCGAUCCUCUCGAUGGUGGAGAGCCUCGGCAUGAUCACCAAGUUCAGGCUGAGUCGCGAGUCCUUGGCCAGGUUUACUCUCAUGGUCCGCAAGGGUUACCGGGAUCCUCCUUAUCAUAACUGGCUGCACGCUUUCUCGGUCACACACUUCGCCUUCCUGACGCUGCAGAACCUCAAGCUGGUGGAGCGCAACGUUCUCACCCCCCUGGAAGCGCUGGCACUACUCGUCUCGUCUAUGUGCCACGACCUGGACCACCGCGGCACCACCAACUCCUUCCAGGUGGCGAGCAACUCCGUACUGGCCUCACUCUACUCCUCCGAGGGAUCCGUCAUGGAGCGUCACCACCUCGCGCAGGCCAUGUGCAUCCUCAACACCGACGACUGCAACUUCCUGGAGAACCUGAGCCGCGAGGAGUACACCAAGUUCCUCGACCUCAUGCGGGAUAUCAUUCUAGCCACUGACUUGGCCCACCACCUCCGCAUCGUGUCGGAGCUGAGGCAGGUGGCGAGCAAAGGCUAUGAACCGGACAACCCGCGCCACCACGAGCUGCUCAUCUGCCUCCUCAUGACAGCCGCAGACUUGUCGGACCAAACGAAGGACUGGCACUCCUCCAAACACGUGGCUGAGCUCAUCUACAAGGAGUUCUUCACGCAAGGCGACCUGGAGAAGGCGAUGGGCAACAUGCCGCUGGAGAUGAUGGACCGAGAGAAGGCCUUCAUCCCAGAGCUCCAGCUGCAGUUCCUGGAUGAUGUGGCCAUUCCUGUUUAUGAGAUCGUUGCCAAGCUGUUUCCCGAGGCCGAGGAACCCUACAGCAGCAUCAAGGCGAACAGACGGAACUGGUCGCGACUCCGGGACGUCUACAAGCGGCGGAAACACGAGUCCACCAGUUCCCUCGAGGUGUUUGAGGACGACUCGCUGGAUGAGGAGCUGGAGAGAGACGAAUCCUGAAACCCCUGAGAGCGUUCUUGCAGCAUAAAGCGCAGGACACACUUAGAGAUACACGCAGACUGUAUCUUACUUGUUUACUCUGCGAGGGUAAAGCUUCAUAAUACGAUGAAUCCUACAAGUAUACACCCAUUGUAUGAUGAUUUUCGGGGAUUUACUAUCUUGCCAUAAUCUUAAGGGAAACUUUGAUGUAUAUUGGAAAGACUUGAUAGGUCUUUGCUUGUUCAUAAGAAAGUCUACCUCUUACAUGUUUGGCCGAUGUAUUCCAUGUACACAUUUAUGAAUAUUCGGUGGUGACACUUAGGCUGGCAUUAUAAGACACGCGCUUCUUACAUCAGCUAUUUCUAAAGGUCAAAGAAGGUGUCAGUCGGGUUCUAAUGAGUGUUUCUUUAGGCUCAUGCUACUGGGGAAGGGUCAAACUACCACCAGGGUCAUAAAACUACCACUGGAAAUGCUCACAACUCCUACGAAAGCCUUGUCAAAUGUGUGUUCUUGGGCAGUGAAAUGUCUUAUAAUACGGCCCCUAACGUCACCGAGGAACUUCUCUCUUCAUCCAUUCAUUCAGUGGUCAGAGGCCCGGCACAUGACCACACUCAGACGCAGGUGUGAGGGCGUCAGGAGUGGUGCCCUGGUGGUGGUGAGUGUCUGCCCUGUCAGUCACUCUCGUGCAUGACUCGCAUUCCUGAGCACUGCAGUGGCUGACUCAGACUCUCCCUCACCACUACUCUCCACACACCUCACACUUACACAGACCUUUGGGGCCCAGAUGAUGCCUACUCGUUCAUAAUCUAAGAGCAUACUAUUCCCCCUUAGGGAUGUCAGUCACUAUUUGCAGUACUUAAACACUUGUUGGUGGAUCAUCUGAUGUGAUUUCAAUAUUCCUCUCACGCAUCAGUGUUAUCUCUAUUCACAUUGAUAGUGAGUCAGCUCUUGAAAUAUUGAAGUUCUAAGCCUCUGGUUCUCAUAUGCAAGCUGAUUUGUACAUUAAAGGCACCUUGACAAAUAUUACUCAUAUAUGUAUUUCUCUUUUCAUACGUCUUUUAUGUAUACAUACACAAACUUUACAUUGUGUAAACACUAUAUAUUGUUAAGCCAGCAUCAUACAAAGACAACUGCAACAUUUUGUUUAGAUAUCUUAUAUAUUGAAAACAACUCUGAGGAUAUUGUAAAACUUACCUCCUUAAGCCAAAGUUAACCCUCUGGAAGGCCAACACACUGUAAACUCUGGUAGUGGUUGUCAAAUGUAUGUGAUAUGAAGCUAGUCAGACACUUUUAUAAAACAGUGGUGCCUCUAUCGUAGGUGUGGCUAGCCUGAGUUUUGUACCAUGAACGCUUUUUAGUUUAUAUCUUGCCAAUGAUGUCUGAAACCUGGAUCGCCCAACACACAUGGAGUUAGGGUGAGACUGGUGUUGUGGCCUACAUAGAGAUCUUCUAAAUUGCACACCAUAGGAAGAAACGUGCAUAAUUGAUGUCUUGAGGAAUGAGAACAACGAUAACCUCUGACAUUGUUGUGGUCAGGAGUAGUUGUAUACAUAAGGGAGGAGGAAAGAUGUAGAAUGUGUAGUGUAAAAGUGUUCCUUAGAGGCGGUGUGAACGAAGUCUACUGUCACCUGUACAACUGUAUGAUUGGACGGGCUCUAGAGAGUCUACUUCUUACUGGUCUUUGCUGCUCUUCACUUUGUGUCUCGUAUGAUUUUGUUUUCCUGUGUGUGUGUGUGUGUGUGUGUGUGUGUGUGUAGCUGUGUGAGAGUAUACCUAAAGGUGUGUGUGAUAACCUUUUCUUAUCUGUAUUUAGUCUGAGUCUGGGUUAUGAUGAUGGAGGUCACUUUGCCUUCAUUCAUGUCUUGGUGCUUUCUCUUCUCAUGUUUGAUAUAUUUUUUAUAAAAGUCUUUUCUGUCUAAUAAUAGGAGUACAUUAGAAUGUCUCUUGGCUAUGUUGGAUCGCCUCUGGACUGGUUAUCUUCCAUCACGUCUGACUUGUGCUUUGAACAAACCUUUACAUUACAAUGUACAUGUACUUAAGUGAUUACUGGAUGUAGAUCUUCCGACAACUGAGUUUUAUCAAUUCGAAUUUAGUGCAAUUAUUUGUUGAUCAUGUGAUGUCGUAUGUAACAAACACUACCUAGCAUAAUACCCUUGUGAGGGGGCAAGGCGGCAGGGCCCAUCAGAGAGGGGGGCGGCGCUUCCUCUGCCACGUGCCUCCACCAGGCCAUGUGUCCUGCCGGAGCCUGGGACUGCAGGUUUACACAGAAAUUAUCUCUGAACAAUAUAAAUAUGUUGGGAAAGAAGUACAAUUCUGCUUAACCAGGAGAGAGUUACUGAAAGAUGGCCAUAUAUAUAUAGUAUAUAUAUUUUUGUAUGUAUUGUCAAACAAUUAGGAUAGUGUUGGCAUUUCUGGGACAUGUAGUGUUUUGUUUAUAAGUGUAGCACAAAUGUAUGCAUAAGAUAAAUGUGAGCUUUAGCUGGAGUGAGCAUCUGGCUCUGUGUGAGGCGGCCAGCGAGGAAGGAACGGCGUGAUGAGCUCAUCGGUGGCCACACUUUGCACCAGCCCAGGGGGAGCCACUAGGCCAGACACACCUGCCUUGGGACACCACGAGGACUCAGGGUGUUGUGUUUACCACUUCUUAGACACCCUCCCUCCCUAUUAAGAAAAAGUACUACAACAAACUGGCCCAAGGUAUAAAGAUUAAAAUGUCAAAAUAAGUUAGAUAUCUUUAUUUAGACAUUCAUUUUCAUGCAUUAGCUCAGUUCUUCAGUGGUUGUUUUUCACUCCCAUGUGUACUAACUGGAAGGGUGUCUUGGAGGUGGCAAGCCUCAAUCCAGUACCUUCAGGUGGGUCGCGGCAUUAAGAAUGAAUGCAAUUAAUGUACGUACUCAUGUUGUUAUAGUUUUAUCACAAAGCAUUCAACGCACACACAUUGGAACAGGUGUGGUCGUGGCCUAGGCAAGAGUUCCUCCUCAGCUGAAACAGAAUAUUUUUCACUUCACACGUGACUGAAUAUUACCCACCACCACCACUGUGCGGCAUUACGUUGAUUUGUGGCGUCUCCUCAGCUGCAUAGCACUGUUUUCACUGAUAUUGAUGGAUGUGCAUUUAGAGGCAGAAACAAUAUUCUAUAAAAUCAUUAAGGAGACUGUGUAAUGUGUGUUCUAUGUAGCCCACCGCCUGUGUGUGUGAGUGUGUGUGUGUGAGUGUGUGUGUGUGUGUGUGUGUGUGUGUGUGUGUGUGUGUGUGUGUGUGUGUGUGUGUGUGUGUGUGUGUGCGCUCUUCUACUCACUCUCUGGUAACAGUUUUGAAGAAGCUCAGCAGCCCCGCCUGCCUGUCACUCACACCUCAGCACUGUCAUCCUGUACUCAGCACUGCGGGCCUUGCCUCUACAGUGACUUGACACUGUCAGAAAGGAAAAGAAAUAUAUUAAAUAUUUAUUUUUCAUGUUAUUCUUGCCCCGCCAUUGUGUUGAUGGCUGGAUGUUGAGAGUCUGUGCAGUAUUGGCUUCAGUUUUAUGAAUCACCAAAGUCUGUGAGGUGAUGGACACAUUGACGGUGUGUACAGGUAAUAUAAAUGACAGUUGCAUUUAUUUAUUUUAUUACAGUACAAAUGAUUUAUUUCCUAUGCCUCGGCCACAUUGAAUUCAACUCCAAGUCAGUAACAAAUCAAAAUAUCUCCUCACAUAAGACCUGAGCAGUCACGUGCACCAAGGCGCUGGGCCGGUAAUGGCCCCGUGGCCACGCAGCGCCAGCGGCCGCGUCCUGCGAGGCGGCGCCGCGGGGCUCCGUGACUCACGGCCGCUGAACAGCCGCUUGUCGCCGCGCCGCUAUUCCCCUCCUGUCUGUGCAUCACGGCAGGGCUGUACCAUUCAAGACUAUUACCCUGUCUCAUGCAUUUGUGAAGAUUACACUGUCAUAUAUAUAUUGCAAAAUAUUUUUCCCAAUAAAAUCAUUCCAGUGUGA